AUGUCCAUAGUAAUAAUUCAAGUCACCGCCAAAGUCUUUUCCGUCGGUAGUCUCCCAGAUAGUGUAAAACGAAGCAGCUUUACAAGGUUUUAUGAUAAGACACUUGGUACUAUUCAAGCCUGCGUUGACAAUCUUCAAAAGCCUGGCGACGAAUGUGUCAUUCAACCUGGUCGUUACCAUGAGAGCGUGACGAUCAUGAACAAACAUGGCACCAAAGACGAUCCCGUAAUUAUUCGCGGCGACCCAAGUGGUACAACUUUUGUGGAUGGCACUAUACCGCUGAACCCUACGAAAUGGGAGAAAUUUGCCGAAGGUGCCUAUAAAACGGUCUUAAAUCAGGAUAUCUGGCAGCUGUUUAUUGACGGUGAAAUGAUGACAAACGCCCGCUGGCCAAACGCCCUAUGGUCUGACAAAAGUAUUUUUGACAGUCAGAACUGGGCGCAUUCUUCGACGCAAUCCACUCGCGGGCUCAUGAUAGACGGAGGAGGCAGUCACAAGCUGGCUGAGAGUGGCUUGGACGCAACUGGCGCAAUGGCAGUGUUGAAUGUUGGGAGUUUCUGCACUUUUACAAGACGAGUAUUAAAGCACCAGAUAGGUAAAUCCUUACCAGGCUCCGGGCGCUUAGAAACGAGAAGGAAAUUAAGCUUGCAAAGGCUUCUGAGACUUUUAUUAGGAACAGGGAAAAAAUUGUCCAAUAGCUGGCCGGCGCGUCCCUAGUAAAGAUCCCAUAAAACAUUGCGGGACGCGUUUCGACUGCAGUUCUCUUCAGUACCUUUCUUAAGUGGCAAGUGUAGUAUUGGAAGUGAAUGAAAGCGAGAGGCUCGUAAUAUUUGAGUCUGUGAAUGAUUUCUCAGUGAAAAGAUAGAUGUGACCAUUUUUUUUCGUACUUCUGUUUAUCGCUUUUAUUUGUAUUUCUGCAAAUAGAUGACAAUUAAACUGAUUAAUUGUACUCAGUGGGAAUUGAAUCUAUACGAUGACAAAAGCAAUUCAAUCGGACAAGUUCANCAUUCUUCGACGCAAUCCACUCGCGGGCUCAUGAUAGACGGAGGAGGCAGUCACAAGCUGGCUGAGAGUGGCUUGGACGCAACUGGCGCAAUGGCAGUGUUGAAUGUUGGGAGUUUCUGCACUUUUACAAGACGAGUAUUAAAGCACCAGAUAGGUAAAUCCUUACCAGGCUCCGGGCGCUUAGAAACGAGAAGGAAAUUAAGCUUGCAAAGGCUUCUGAGACUUUUAUUAGGAACAGGGAAAAAAUUGUCCAAUAGCUGGCCGGCGCGUCCCUAGUAAAGAUCCCAUAAAACAUUGCGGGACGCGUUUCGACUGCAGUUCUCUUCAGUACCUUUCUUAAGUGGCAAGUGUAGUAUUGGAAGUGAAUGAAAGCGAGAGGCUCGUAAUAUUUGAGUCUGUGAAUGAUUUCUCAGUGAAAAGAUAGAUGUGACCAUUUUUUUUCGUACUUCUGUUUAUCGCUUUUAUUUGUAUUUCUGCAAAUAGAUGACAAUUAAACUGAUUAAUUGUACUCAGUGGGAAUUGAAUCUAUACGAUGACAAAAGCAAUUCAAUCGGACAAGUUCAUGUGGCAAUAUCAACUAAAAUUGUUCGCUUUUGAUGUUUUUCUUUUACUUCAGGUGGUGACAGAUUUACAUACAGGGAUGACCUUGGCCCUAAGUUGAAUUUCAAACCUAAAAACUGCAUAUAUUUCUUGGAAGAUAAGCUCGAGUUUCUUGAUAAUCCAGGAGAGUGGUUUUACGACAAAACAAGUAAAACGCUGUACGUCAUGACACCAGAUGGAGGCUCACCGGAGGGACGUGACGUCAGAGGAAAGGUACUAAACCAACCGCAUUUCUUCAGAGUGAUAUAGUAUACUCUGAUCUAGUACCCAGACUUCACUCGCGUCUCCCUCCAGCUCUCGCGGGGCUUGAAUUGUGAAGAUCUACGCACGCUUUAAAACAUACUUACAUGGAAUAGAAAGACUGUGUGUGGUUGUCUCAUUCCUGUGGACAGUGUCCACCCUACUGUGAAGAAAACCGCCGUAAGGUAGCACCUGAAAGUCCUAAACAGACCUCUUUGACCUCUUCGGCUUGAAUAUUUUAAUUUCCUUAUUCAGACCACGUGAUGUUCUUAAAAGUAAUUUACCCUUGUCGUUUCAUAAAUUACGCAUACAUAUUACCGUGGGUACGACGACAUUUGAAAGAAACUGUUCUUUGGGGUAACAUAACAUGGUCUGAAACGGGAAAACAAAACUUACAUAACCUGUGUACAGACGUCCCCCCUCCCUCAGAAAAAAAUCAGGAGAACAGAACAGUCUGUGAAUCGCCGUCGUUAAUCGCGUUCCCGUUUCCCCAGAAUGUUUGGGAAAGCCUCUGAUUGGUUGCAAUGUUAACACGAUUAACGACGGCGAUUCACAGACGUCUGUUCUCCCGAUUUUUUUCUGAGGGAGGGGGGACAUCCGUACACAGGCUAAACAUACAAGCUAAAAAUGUCUAUUUGCCAGCAGUCAGCGUGUUUAAGGUUAUGUUAACACUAUACCGGUUAGGUUUUGUGCCAGCACGAAAACCAUAAUCUGAUAUAGGUGUUCAUACUAUGCCGGAUUACUCCACUUGUCAGCACGUAAAGCAAUCCAGUAUAGCCUAAACAUAGCCUACUUCUUCUAUUACUUCACAAAGGUCCAGUCUUUUGCAUUCACCAUCACCAGCAGCAGUCACGUGAUCAUUAAAGAUAUGACGUUCUUUGCGACGACAUUACAGGCCAUCUCCUUCACCAGAAAAAACUUCGUCAACAACCUAACGCUUCAUUCAUUGAACUUUCGCUUCCCGUCAUACAGUCGGCGCAUGCUACAAGACCGUUCGCCUCCUAAGUGGACGAAGGUUUUCGUCGGUAACACUGGUACCUCCAGGAUAAUAAAGAACACUUUUUAUGGCACAGAUGGAAUGGCGCUGGAGUAUAACGGUGUGGAUAACCUGGUGGAAAAUAACUUAUUUGAGUUCAAUGACUGGACUGGAAAUAACAUGGAUGUCGCCACUGGAGGUAACCCAUCGCGUUUUAAUACAAUUAGAUCAACCUGUCGUCUGUGUUCUGUGGUGGGUUUCGUGCCCGGAGGAAGGGGGUUCUCUUGGUAAUUCUUGCUGUAGGUGUGCCACCCAAUUCUCGAAAUCCUGACCCUAUUUCAGGCCAAAAAUGCCAUUUUCCAAAACAGUUCUCAAACCUAGCCUCUUAAAUAGAUAUCCUCUUUCUGUCUUCAUAGACAGAAAUUACGUCAUUAUGUACUUAGAUUAGAAUUACGCCAACAAAGAAGAUUUCUUAAAAUCCAUUUCGAGUUCUCAUAAUGCUCUUUCUUUCUUAUUCAUUUGGAAUUGAAACGAAAAAUACGCUCAUAUACUCCCGUAGUUCCCUCGAAAGCCAUACCCGUUUCCAGACCACAAUGGACAAAGUCUACAGCCGUUUUCAGACCGAAACGGCGCAAAAAGCAUACCCUUUGGGAAGGCACAUACCUAUAUGGCCUAUAUAAGGUAGUACUCCCUCAGGUUUCGUGGUAUCUUAGGCGGUAUUCAGUGACCCAUGGAUCUAGGGACUGUUUCCUACCCCAUCUUUUAGUUAGACCAAAAACUACGCCCUCGGAGCCAUGAGAGGUACUUUACUUUAGCUAGUGAGCGCCCCCACUACCUCCCCUGCCUUACCUCGAAGUCUGUCUUAAUCCUAGAUCUUUAAACUGAUAGAGGAAGAGAGUUAACAUUGCUAGUUAAUCAACAAAUGGUUAGACAUUCCACGUGCAAGAACCACUAAGGACGUAAAAAAGGAGUAUGUUCCCUCAGGGGUUGGUCAAAGAGACCUCAGUCCGACUUCAAUCUCAUUAUGGCGUUUUAGCGAAAACGUUACAAUUAAAAAAACGUGGCUUUUUUUCAAACUUUUUCGCGAUUACUCCAACCCGCUUGUCGUCACGCAUCCUGUCUUUACGUCAGCUAUAAAUUGUCGCUUGAAAAAAAAAACGUUGAGGUCAUGCAGUGACGGAAAAAAAUGUACAAAAAAAGUGUGCUGCACGAGUUGUUGGCCGGAUAUGCUUAUUCGUCAAUUACUUUUAAAGUUUUUGUUGCCGUCGCCGUUGUCGUUUCUAAGGCUUAGAAGAUCAUAAAGCGCAUGAUCGUCCACGUAAUCAGAUUACCACUGAUAGAAGGUCCAAAUGUGCGAGACUGUGAUCUUUGCAUUCCAUUCAUUUUCAGUGGACCACCAAACGAACACCGACUACAUGCGUGCCGUGCAUGCGUAUUAGCACUCCGGAGAUAAGGAUUGUAGGCUCUUCGAGUAGCUCUUAACAAUGUUACCCUAUCACCAUAGGUGCAGGAACCGUGGUGUCCCAAAGUAAGGGAGACAACUUCAUCAGAAACACCUUGCGAUUCAAUGGCGCGAGUGUAGGAUACCGUGCGGGUUUUGCCUCUGUGGCCAAGCUGAAUGACAUUAGUCGACAGUGCUGGGGUAUGCUGCAACAUGACGGCGCUGGAAUACAGGUGAUGAGAAAACGUCAAACGAAUAUCAUAUUACAGCAAAACUGGAUUCAUUACAGUCCUAAAUACGGGCUGCGCUUUGACGGGGCACCGCCCAAGACGGGAGAAAAGGGAACAAUGAAACAGAAUGUGGUCUGGAGAACAAAUGGACUGAUGGUGAAAGGAUAUAAACACAUGGUCGACCAUAACUUGGUUUUCCAUAAGUUUGAUAAGGACGGGGAUCAUGAUGGCAGCGAGAAGUGUACCCUCUGUGUUUUAAAGUAAGUUUUGCUUCGAAUUAUUGCAGAGGAGAAUCUCAUAACAAACACCUCUAUAAAGAAAACUCUUGCCUAAGAAAACAACAGACAUUUUGCGACUUCAUCAGUGGUUUUCCCGCGAAAUAACGCCUAAUAGAGAAAAUAAGAAGGGGCGGAAGAGCCCUAGGGAAAGCCCUGGGGACGAGGUUGUCCCCAGAGGAGAGGAGCUCGGGCUCAGUUCCCGAACAGCGACGGGUAAUAGAGCCUACGGACUUGGAAAACUUUGCAUACCUCUGGAAAAUUCCUCAAAGCAAAUAAAAAUGCGUGCCUUCAACGACACGUAUUCAUUAUGGUUAACUAAAAACAAUUGUAGGCCAAUGACCUACAGGCCUAUAUGCCGGUUACGCCCAGUCCCUGGGGAGUCAAUAUUCCUUUCUAGGGAGUUUAAGCAUAGACGGCUUUGAGAAACACAAGUCAACCGGAAGCGGACGUUUUGCAAAAUUCGGCAGUGGUUUGUGGGCAAGUCGUCUCUAAAACUACAAAGACACUACGCAUUACGAAUGUGGUAGUGUCAAGAUAUAUACCGUAUUUAUUCGAAUAAGCGCCCAACCUCGAAUUAGCGCCCACCUCGAAUAAGCGCCCACCCUAAAGGCAGAAACGUUAAUAAGCGCCCAGCCUCGAAUAAGCGCCCACCCCCUCCUCCUCCCAAUCAAACUCAAAUGAUCGCUCACCCCCACCCCACCCACUUGAGUGAAUAAAUUCUAAUAAGAGACUUCCCCGAGGACGGAGUUUUCUUCAGUGUAUUUUACAGAAACCUGCUUUGUUACUUUUUCGCGUUUUGUUAUUAGCAUUUAUUGUUUUGUUGCAAAAUAAACAUACUUCACUUGUUGAAAAUGGUGAAAAUUUAAUAAGCGCCCAGGGCGGUUAAUCGAAUAAAUACGAUAACAGGGGAAAACGCUUCACUUCCGGUUGACCUGCAUCACUCAAAAACGACUUUGCUUAAAUUCCCUUCUUUUACACCUGUCAAACACGGAUCAAUUUAGGCUUCUGGGAACUGCCCACCUACUCCUCCCCUAAGCUAACAUUUUGCCCUAGAUAAGAAGUAAGUGUUAAUAUUAGCUUAAGGGAGGGGUAGGUCGGCAGUUUCCCAGAAUCAUAAAUUGAUCCUCAAACACAAGUACAGUGUAGAUAUUCUUGGAAAUUUGUCAUUUUUCAGAUACGUGAGAGAAAACCCCGUUGAAGUCAAUCAGAACACAGCUGUCGUGUACAACGCCGCCGACGUUGCAAACGGCGGUGAACACGGGGGUGUGCUUUACGACAUGAAUGGUAUCCUCACAGGCAAUGUUAUUGGUGACGUACGAAAGCAACUAAUGGAUCCGGACAACAUGGACUUUAGACCAAAGCAGGGCUCAUUGUACAUCAACGAUAACGUGGGACCUUACAGUUUUGAGGAGACAAAAACUAAAUACUGGAUUCCUGGAAGAAAGCUAUAUAAGGUAAUUGGAGGCGUUUAA